CGCUCAGCCGCCCCUCUCCAAAUAAAUCAGCACCAUGACUACUUCUGGGCAUGGAACAAAGAGGAUGCUCUCCCGGGGCCCCGCGCUGCUCCUGGCGCCGCUGCUGCUCCUGUGCCGAGUGGUGGAGAGCCGAGGAGGGAUCAUGGACAGCAUCCAGAGAUUCUCCAACCUGCCAACCUAUCUCCCUGCAAACCCUCACAUCUCCAAUGCUGAUACCUUCUUCUUCCUCAAGGAAGCCAACCAGGAUAUCAUGAGGAACUCCAGUUUGCAGUCCAGGGUGGAUUCAUUCUUUAUAUACAAAGCCAAACAGCCACCUGUCCUAAACGCCACGUACGGACCCUUUUCUGUUGAACAACCCGUUCCCUUGGACCUCAUGCUGACUUCUGCAUCUUUUGGUUUCACAAAUAAAUUCACUUUUAAUUGGAAAUUAAAAUCCCACAUAAUCAACAGCUCAAUCUAUUCCAACAAACCCAAAAUACAGACCCUGUUCUAUAUAGCAGGGAAGGACUGGGAUGACUACGACUCCGAGGAGAUGCUGCCUUGCGUGAAGAUGUUUGCUUUCCUGGAGUCCAGAGAAGUGGUGGCCAGCUGCAGAUUGACAGGCCACCUGGGAUUAUGUGUGGUGGAGCUGGAAUUGUCUCCCAGCUGGUUCAGCUCCCCUCCACCCCUGCUUUCUGAGGAAACAGCCUCCCUGGAAGGGAUUACUGUGGAGCUCUUCUAUAAGAUUUAUGCAGUGGAUGGGGAAUGUUCUCCAGAGGAUGCAAAAUGGGAAAACAAUAUCCAUGCGGGUGAAGAGAAUGAGCACCAAGCUUUGUCAGCCAUGGAGAGGAUCGGUAGCAUCGUUGUUUACCCAAAUCAGGACAAAUUAAAGCAGUCUUCGCUGAGGGUGGAUGAAAACAUCCUUAUUCACUUGCCACUCAGCCCAGUCAGAGAGGGGGACAUUGUGACCUUCCAUGUUUUCCUGGCUGAUUACUCGCUAGCAGACCAGUUUGUAUUAAGGAUCAGGACGGCCCCAGGCGUGAGGAUCUCGGACAUCAGGGUGAGCGACGCUGACCAGUGGGGAGUGCAGGAGGAGACGGACAGCGCGCGGAGCACGGCCACGCUCACCUGCGUGCACAACGACCCCGGCGCCAUGGACAGAGCAAACAUGACCUCCUACGAGAUCCUGCAGAUGGAUUUUGAGGUUGACAACGGCAGCAGCCUGGCAGGGGCGCAGCAGAUCACCUGGCAGGUGGAAUACCCGCGGGACGACUCGGUCAGCGAGCUCGUGGUGUCCGAGAUCUUCGUCAGCCGCACCAUGUUCGUGGGCAUCGUGCCCCUUGCCAUGGACACAGAAAUCCUCAACACAGCCAUCCUGACGGGCAGGAUGGUGGCAGUGCCAGUCAAGGUGGUGGCCGUGCAGGAGGACGGCUCCGUGGUCGACGUCUCCGACUCCACCGAGUGCAGAUCUGCUGAUGAAGACGUGGUCAAGGUUUCUGAGAGCUGUGACUCCAUCUUUGUUAAUGGCAAGGAGAUGAAGAGCAAAGUGGACACCAUAGUGAAUUUCACGUACCAGCAUUUCACCACGCAGCUGGAGGUGACGGUCUGGGUGCCGCGGCUGCCGCUGCAGAUCGAGAUCUCCGACACCGAGCUCAGCCAGAUCAAGGGCUGGAGGAUCCCUGUCACCUCCAACAAAAGGCCCACGCGGGACAGCGAGGAUGAGGAGGAUGACGAGAAGAAGGGCAAAGGCUGCACCCUGCAGUACCAGCACGCCCUGGUGAGGGUCCUGACGCAGUUCGUGGCCGAGUCCUCGGAGCUGGGGGGCCACCUGACCUACCUGCUGGGCUCGGAGUGGCAGUUUGACAUCACGGACCUGGUGGCCGAUUUCAUGAAGGUGGAGGAGCCCAAGGUGGCCAAGCUGCAGGAGGGCCGGGUGCUGGCUGGGCGAGAGCAAGGCAUCACCACGGUGCAGGUGCUGUCCCCUCUCUCGGAUUCCAUCCUGGCAGAGAAGACAGUGAUAGUUCUGGACGACAGGGUGACCAUUGCUGACCUGGGGGUGCAGCUGGUGUCAGGCCUGUCCGUGUCCUUUCAGAGCAGCAAAGGGAACAAGAGAGCCAUCCUUGCCACCACCUCUGCCCACGACAUCCUGCGCACUCCCAAACAGGAGGCUGUGGUGAGUGCUUGGGUUCUGUUCAGCGACGGGGCGGUGACGCCCUUGGACAUCUACGACUCCAAGGACUUCUCCAUGGCCAUCACCUCCCUGGAUGAGAUGGUGGUGUCCUCACACCAGAGCCUGCAGUCCCUCUGGCCCGUGGUGGUGGCAGAAGGGGACGGGCACGGGCCCCUGAUCAAAAUUGAGAUGGUGAUCAGCGAGCCCUGCCAGAAGACCAAGCGCAAGAGCGUUCUGGCCAUGGGGAAAGGAAACGUCAAAGUGAAGUUUGGUCAGAAGGAUUCGGACCAGAAAGGGAGCACCAACGACAUCGAUGAUGUGGAGAAAGAUUUUAAAAGCCAUGCCAGCAAUGCCAUAGAGAAAGCUGCAGAGCAAGAGAGGACAGCACAAGACUGGUCCAAAAACCACGAGGACGUGUCCGGUCCUGAGGACAAUGCAAACAAAAGCACAACUUUCAUCUCUCCCAUUGAUCAGGAGUCCCUGGAGGAUGGCCAGCUUCCAAACAACCCAACUGCCUUCACAGGUUUCCCUGCCCAGGUAGAAAUACCAGGAGAAAGCAAUCCCAGUGACCUCUCAUUGACUUCCAGAGGAUUGACAGACCUGGAGAUUGGCAUGUACGCUCUGCUCUGUGUUUUCUGCUUGGCAAUCUUGGUGUUUCUGAUUAACUGCGUGGCGUUUGCUUGGAAGUACAGGCACAAAAGGUUUGCUGUGAGUGAGCAAGGCAACAUCCCCCAUUCCCAUGACUGGGUCUGGCUUGGAAAUGAGGUGGAGCUCCUGGAAAACCCAGUGGACAUUUCGCUCCCAUCGGAGGAGUGCACUACCAUGAUUGACAGAGGGAUGCAGUUUGAAGAAAGCAACUUUCUCCUUAAUGGGAGCUCUCAGAAGACUCUUCAUAAUCAUAUCCUCAGAUCUUCUGAGUACCUUUGUGAAAAAGAAGUUAAAAGUGAACCUAUAAAUCCUUCUGGGCCAAAGCAGAAGCGAGUAAAGUUCACUUCAUAUACAACAAUACUGCCAGAGGAUGGAGGCCCCUACACCAACUCAAUUCUAUUUGACAGUGAUGAUAAUAUUAAAUGGGUAUGCCAAGAUAUGAAUCUUGGUGAUUCCAAGGAACUUAGGGACUAUAUGGAAAGACUGCAAGACAAUAUGUAAAACUACUUUCUUAUGUUUGUAAUCACCUUUAUGCCUUCUGUUUAUGGAUGGUGGAGCAGUCAGUCCAGUCAGCAAUAGGAACAAGACAGCCCAACCCUGGAGGUCCUGAGAUGAUAACCUGAUGGCAGAGAGCAGGUCCAAGAGGCUGGCUGAGUUAAUCCUGUUUCACCACAAACCAGGAUGUGCCCCUAAAGCAGCUCCCUGUAGGUGUUGGAGGUGUCACACACGAUGGCUGUUGCUGUGUACUGCCUGGUUCUAGCAAAACGCUGAUCCACCUGCGCUCAGACUCAGAGGAGACUCCAUUUGUUGGUCAUCUCUCAUGAGAAAUGGUCAAUGAGAAAAGAAAGGGAUGUUUGUUUGCAUUGAUUUUUUCUAGUCGUCGUCCUUUGUAAAGCACAGUGGACAUUUCUUGCUCACAGCCUGAGAGGAGGCUCAUGGAAAAAGGGAUUGGAAUGAAUCUCAUUUUAUUGCCUAUGUGCAAUGCAGCCAAGUAGUCUUAUUAUUUUUUACAGAUAUAAAAAACCCCAUGUGGUUAAUUUCUUCUUAUAUUGUUUGUGAAUUUUAUUUGACUUAGGGAACAUUAAAUAUUUUCUUUGAAGGGGUUCGGGUUUUUUUUUGGUUGUACCAAAGUGUAGUACAGUAAUAUUUAUAAUG